CACGGUACUGGGAUUUACUGUACAACCGAAAAUGCAAUGUAGGGCGAAGUGGGGAAGUGGGCUUUAACUCUAACGUGUUUUUUUAAAUUUUUUUAUACACCAUUUACACAACAUUUUACUCAAGAUCAACGGGCCAUUCGAACCAACCAUAUCAACCAAGGAAAGAGGAAUUCGAGGCUGGAUUUAUUUAGAAACAAUACCGAUUCAGGAAAGGCGAAUCGUUUUCUGACUGAGGUUUGCUUACUUUGGCGUGAAGAUUGACAAGCUUUGAACAAAUCGCCUGAGAAUGGAUGAUUCUACAAAUCACGGAAUUUAUUGAGUUGAGUGGAUUAUUCAUGUGCCUCGCUUUUGCAUAUCUACGGCCAGAGUAACAAUCAAUCAAUCGGCCAAACACCAUCAAAAGUGAAGUGUUGUUUAGGCUAUUUUACUUAAAUAAACGGGAUCCCUCUAGCCAAGCACAAUCGUUCAUGACUAUAGAUUUGGCCGGGCGGUGAUGGAAGAAGAACAGUCCGACAUGAUACAGCGUUGUAGCUUCGUCUGACAGCUCGCUCUGUCGCAGCCAGACAACAAUUGCAAGCAAAAAAAAAAAGUUGCAAAGCAAGUUAAUAUUAUUGUAAGAGUUACAAUUUAGAGUUCUCCCACUCUCUGGGCACAACAAAGUAACAAUCUGCUGUUGUGGUGGUCCAAUUAGAAAGGCAGCCACGGUUCGCAUUCAAGUCGAAACCAACCUUCGAAAAUGUUCUUGUCUGUUAUUGUUGGAUCGAAGAUUGUCUCAGAUCGUUUAUUUAAUUUCUAAAACAAAGCAAGUGCUGUUCUGCACACUUCUACUUCACAUGGACAAAGAACGAAUUUCGCUCUGUUGUGUGGCGAUCGCUUCGACUCUGAGUUCUAAAAUGGACGGGAAAAUUAAGCGCAGCCGGAGGUCAAGAUCUCAACGAGACCGCGUGCGAAGAAGGGAUGCGAUUGACAGGAAUGACCAAAACCGGAGUCCAUCAUCUGGCUCCGACCUAGGGCAAAGCCCGGUCAGGAAUAAGGCCCUGUGUAAUUAUGGAAAAAUGACCAACUUGCAUUAUGUCCGGCCCCCGCGUCCCUCUCGGAAAAAGAGACGAGGGUCAGUGUCUCAGGAGGAGGACAUUAUUGAUGGAUUUGCCAUAGCCAGCUUUCUCAGUCUGGAAUCUUUAGAGGUGGCUCUGAGGAAGAGCACAAAGAGCCUGAGGUCGCAGGGGGGCAAGGAGAAGUGGGAGAGCCAGGUGCUGAAGAAACGGAAGACUGAACAGACUGCUGAGGGGGAUGUGAUUCCUGUGAAUGGAUUCACUGACAAUCGAGCUGACUUUGAACAUGAGCAGGAUGGAGAGAAGGAGCAAGGGAAGGUGAAAAACAGAUCAAAGAAGAGCAAGCAGGUGAAGGGGCUUCUGGGAAGGCAAGGCGGAGCCGAGGUCACCAGAACACAGGGCACGCCUCAGAGAAGCAACUCUAAAGAACACCACAGUGGGAGCUCAUUCUCUGGUCGGGGCUAUUCGUGUGACAGUGAGAGUGACAUCGAUGACAAGGUUUCAGGGAUUGAGUUUGAAAAGCUCUUCACACUAAGGACAGCUAAUGACAUAGGCGUUGAUAAGAGGGACGAGACGAAGGUGUGCAGCUCUGCCACAGUGUCAGGUCUACAGCGCAGCCAGGACCAGAGCAGCGACACACCGCUCGAUCUGCCUGCUGCCAGUCCCGCCCCUGGCUCUCAGCCUGCAGGCAGCCCUGCCCCUGCAGCCCCUCUCACCAGCACCCGCACCACCAGCCCACUUCCUGCUGUGUGUGUGAAGAAGGAGAGGACGUCCCCUCACAACACGAUCACCCCAACUCUGCCAGGGUCAGGCCUAUCCCAGGUCAAGAGAGAACCAUUGUCACAUCACCAGGGCCAUCCCCUGUACAUUGGUCUCCACAACAGCAGCAGCAUAGAGGGAUCCCGCAAGCGAACCCUCCCGCCAUCCCCCCACCUCGGGCACCAUUCUUCUCCCUUGCCGGCCCUCCCCCUGUCCGUCUCGGAGUUGCCCGCACCCCACUUCUUCCUGCCAGUUCACGGGCAUCGCCGCCCGGCCAUGUUCACAAGCCCUCUGGGAUUACCAACCAAUGGCAUCGAAGGACACUCCACUGAAGCAGGCUACUCAGAGCACGACCUACUUCGCCAAGAACUGAACAACCGUUUCCUGGCGCAGACUGCAGAGAGGGGGACUGGCUCGGGGCCACCUCUGCUGAGGACAGAGUUCCACCAGCACACACACCAGCACCAACAUCAACACCAGCACCAGCUCACCUUCUUAUCCUACCCCAAUGGUUUGCCUCCUCCACCAGGCAUCCUCUCUACAACCCCAAAUAUGGGUCGUACAGCUGACCUAAAUUUGGAAAAGUACCCAGCUAAACUGGAAAACCCCUACAUAAGACAUAAAAAUUUCUUCCCCUCCUACCCCCCAGAGAUGCCUGGCAUGCCAGCCCUGCACCCCCACUCAGGACCCCCAGGGCCCUUUAGCUCUCUGCAAGGAGCCUUCCAGCCCAAGUCUAAUCCUAUGGAUGUGGCGACACGGCCAGGAGAAGUCCCUCACAAUCUCCUACCAAAGGGACUACGGAUAACUGAUCCAUUCAGAUCAUCAGCUAGGAAGGCUGGCAAAUGGUGUGCAAUGCAUGCCCAGAUCGCCUGGCAGAUUCAUCACCACCAGCAGAGGAUGAAGCACAUGCGCUUUGAUCCACAUAAGCUGAAUAUGAGCGGGGUGAAGCUGGACCUGUUUAGUCGGCCAGCUGCUCCGGGUCUUCCUCCUGGACUGUCCUAUGGCCAUGACCUGGCCCGACCUCUCCUGUCCUCCUCAGGUCAUUUGUCUGCAUCACCAUUCAGCGCCGCCACUCAUCACGUCCACUAUUUACCUGCUAGCCACCUCACUGAUCCAUUUGGACGAGCCAGUCACUAUGGAAACCUUGGACAACUGGCAACUAAUGCAUUUGGCGGCCUGGGUGCCUCUUCUAUUGGCCCAGGCAGCAUGUUUGGUGGAAGGCAGAGCCAUGGGUUGUCAGGUUUUGUAAACCCCCCUCAGGAAGCCUGUAACCGCCUGCACCGAACGCCCCCCUCCUUCCCCACACCUCCAGCACUGUCCAGGCCUGCUGAUGUGGACCGCAAGCCCGCGGUCCAUAGCAGCGAGAGGGAAAGGGAAGCUAAGAAAAGGGAUCACUCUGCUACCAAGGAGGAGUCGGAGAGAGACGGGAAUACUCUGGAAAGAAGCCAUCAGUCCACCCACACAUCCUCAGGCUUUCAGAUUAGUAACCUGAUUGGCAGCAGCAGCCCAGGGAGGAAGAGGAGCAGCCCAGAUCAGGGACCCCAGGCUGAGAGGGAGGGCACCUCUCUUGGGAGAGUCCAGGUGAAGCAGAGCUCCUCUCCAGCGCUGGAGGUGCAGGAUAGAGGAUGCUCAACCCCAUACACCACAGUGAAGAACCACCAAUCUAGCGAGAACACACAAACUCUGAAGGGACCUUUAAACAUAAAGCAGGAGCGCAGAGAUGAGCCAGAGGUAAUGGCUGGGCCCCCGGAGUGUACCCUCGUACUCCCACCAGGCCACUCUCAGGCUCCAUACCCCUCAUCAAGGCGCAACCACUUCCCCACCGCAGGCAUGCUUCAGAGCAGUCAUCUACCUCACUCUCUACCCCUCUCCAUGAGCCCCGUGCACCCAGUGAGUAGCCUCAGUGCAAUGGAGCGAGCCCGUAUCCAGCCCUUCAUGGGGGUCAGUACACUAGCUGCAGGUCGAAACCACCGUGUGUCCCCUCACCUCUCAGGCCACUGGGACCCACUUCGAGACCCCUACAGAGGGCUGUACCUGCAGAGCCAGCAGGUACAUUUGACCUAUGACCCUGAGAGAGGCCACAGACAGCGGGAGCAACACCCCCAGCCACAGCAGUACUUACAGGACAGGCACCGGCAGGCAGAGGAGAGGGCAAGGCUGCACCAGCUCCAGGGCUCUCCCAUGGAGGGCCACCUAGCCCACACACCCACUUUUGUGUCCUCUCUGGGUGGGGUGAUGUACCCUAGGCUCAGCCCCUCAGCUCCACACAGUGGCCAUCUGAACAGGACUCCUCAGACUGUCACUCUUAGUGCCCCACCCCCUCUGGUGCCCACCACCACAACCCCUGGCAGACCUGCCACUCCUCGAAAGACCACGCCCACCAGUGCCCCACCCUCUGGGGACCCCACCCCAUCCUGCAAAGCCAAAGAGGUAGAGGUGGAGGCACAGUAGCAUGGAAGUCUCUUAGAAAUAAGCGACAAGACUGGGAUCCUUUUAAAUACACAUUACACACUCAACUUGAUGAAAUGUCUCGCUUUUUAAAAUGAAAAAGCUCUAAGUCAAAAUUGUGUAUUGUAGAGUAUUUGUUAAUAAAUCAGAAGUUUAAGUAGUGAGUCUGCAUAGAAACUGUUGAAUAAGUUGAAUAACUGAUGUUGGAUAAUGUUAUUUGAUAGUAAUAUAUGAUGUUUUUUAUGUUUGUAAGAUUUCCGUGUACAGACGUAGAUUUUAUGAAUUUGUAUAUUUUGUAUGUUUUUUGUGUAAUGCAUUACAUUGUUCUUUAUUACACAUUUAUCAACAGGUAAAACAGAAAAUAGACGUUCUCCUUUUGAUUGUUCGUUUUAGAUGUAACCAUGUUUCCUACCUGAAAAUGUUAUUGACUUUUACCUUCUGUAAAUAUUCACAUAACCUGUCAUUUGUUUCUAUAAAGAAUGUCUAUUUAAUCAAAAAAGUAAUUACUUGAUAAUUCAUUAUUAUUUUCACUUGCAUCAGCAGUGCUCCCUCUUGUGGCAGACUUGGUACAAAAUGCAGAAUGCUGUCCACUUGGAAUUGAUGGCACAGGGUUCAAUAGUUCAACUAAAUGCUGAAUCUAAGCAAGGAUUUGAUUUAAUUCCUUUUAGAUUAUCAAGUGGCAAAGGUCAUCAGAUUUGUGUAGCUUUCAGUAAACAAAUAGCCUAUAUGACCAUAAAGCUACCUUUUAUGAAAUCCUCAUGUAUCAGACAAGCACAUACAACCAGUGCACCAAAGAGGAGAGUUUAUUUAUCAAAUUCCAUUGUCUGAGGAAAAGACAGCAGCAGGUUCAUGUUUAUUUGUUUGUUGUGGAUAUUUUUGGCUUCAUUUGCUCCAAGCCUUACAGUGUGCCUUUCAACUAAUCUAUUUGUGUUUAAAAGUAAUACAUAGUAAUUGAAAGUAUAUGUACAGUAUAUGUUGCCAGAUGUAACAUGUUUAUGUAUUUUACAUUUUCAAAUAAAAUCUAAGUAAAACGGG